AUGAAGCCAUCACGAGUACGAUCGGCGUUGAGCCUGCUGUCCCGACCAACUGCUCAAGUGCCAGUGAUACCAUCACCGAUCCCCUUCGUUCCCGACGUUGCGACGUUUCUCAAGCUCAUCGGCCGCGGCCUGAGCCAGCACACGGCCAAGUUCCCCACCUGGGAAGCUCUCUUCUCCCUCACGUCGCCUCAGCUGAAGGAGCUCGGCAUAGAGCCACCAAGGACACGGCGAUACCUGAUACACUGGAGGGACAACUACAAGCUGGGGCGAUUCGGGCCGGGCGGCGACAUCAAGCACGUCCAGGAUGGGAAGGCGAAGCUCGCGGUCGAGGAGAUCGAGACCGGCCCUCUUGAUGUCGUCCGCCGCGUCGUCAACAUACCACUUGACAAGAACAUCGAGGACGUUCCUGAGCAGGACAAGGUGAAGGUGGACGGGUAUAUCGUGCAGGGAACCGGCGUUGCCGGACCCUACGCCCUGCCGAUGAAGGGUGCAAAGGCCGCUAUUGUUGCCGCCACAGAGGGCAUGUGGGAGGAGAAGAGAGGGCGCAAGAUUGAUGGUGGUGAGAGGAGACGGGCAGAGGCACAGCGCGAGGCUAUGGGCUUCAUAUAA